AUGACAUGGAAUAUAUCACUAUCAUCAUUGUCGACAAUAUUAAUAUUUAUCCUCUUUAUACGUAUAAACAUUAGAGCUGGCCUCGUUUUUGCUAUCGAUAACUUAAGAUAUUUUAACGAGGUUAAUGAUAAUAACCCAGAUGGAGCUAGUGAUACACGAAAACCUAAUAAUAAUAAAGUUUUCAAAAGAGUUGAUGAUGGUUCAGCCUCUGUUAACUCAAGUGGCGACGACAUGACAUCAAAUGAUGACUUGUCCAUAUUCGUAAGAGAAUAUGGGAAAUCAGAUAGAAAAGUUAAAUCACCUCGUACUGAUCCACUAUUAAAUUCACAACCGAUUGAUAUGUGUCCAGUAUCUCCAUGCUCUAAACCACCAUGUCAACUUAUCCAAUGUAAUUCUACAGCACCAUUUUGUAUUGUCGAUGUAAAUGGGUUUCAUUGUGAUAACACAGAUCAAAAUGUAUGGAGAAUUAAUAAUCAAGAUGGUUUAGUUUUCUCCGAUUUAAAAUUUGAAGGUCAACAAUGUCAAACAUUUAUACCACCAAAAAAUCAAGUCGAUGCGGAUUUUUUAGUUCAAUUAAUAGUUAAUAGCUCUUUUGGUUCUCAAUUUUUAUCAAAUAUUACUGGAACUUGGACGAACCCUUUUGAUUUUUUGGGAAAUUGUAAAAAUUCUUUUUUUUGUGAUACUUCUGUUAACGGAGGUGUUACAACAACUUCAGAGAAAAUUACUAAUGGAAUUUGUAGAUUAAAAUUUAGUAGAGUAACUCCUUGUUUUAGUGCUAAUCAAUGCGAUACUCAUAGAUGCACUGGUGAUUUUAUAAAUAGUAAUGGAACAACUGUAAAAAAUAAUACUGUAUUAACAUCAAAUGGACAACCUAUUUUGACUGAUCAAAUCUGUGCUGCUCUUAAUGAUUUACAACGACCUAUUUUAACCUUUCAACCUCCUGAUGUUCCUGCUACAAAUGCUACUAGUACUCCUGAAAUUAUUCUAUUAUCUAUUGUAAUUACCGCAGCAGUACUUAUUAUUUUCAUUACAAUAGUAAGAAUUCGAAAAUAUGCUCGGGAAAGGAUUAUAAAUAUAUUUUCAAAUAAUAAAAAUGAUCCUUCUAGACAACGUGGUUUUAAAAAUUCUGAUGAUGAUAUAGGAUCAAUUUCUUCAAAUGUUGCUUCAGCUUUAUUACCACCUUUACCUGUUGUUAAAAGAUCUUCCUUCAAUUCAAACAUUUCUAAUAAUUCUGAUGAAUUUUAUAAUGACAAUAAUGGGAAUGGGAAUGUAAUAGGUGUUGAUUCAAAUUUUUAUAAUAUUAAUCGUACUAGUCAUGUUAGUUCCAUUAGUGAUUUUAGUGGUCCAAGAGGUAGUAAUUUUGGAAGCAUAGGUAUAAUUAAUAUGACAAACGUUGGAAUUGGCAGAAAUAAUAUAUCAAUUCAAAAUCCUUUUGAAACAGUUAAAUUAGCAAGAGUUCAAUCACAAACUGCAAAAAUUUUUGAUCCCGAAUCAUAUCUUCAACAAAAUCAAAAUGAAUUCGGUUUUGAACAACAAAAUCUCGUCCCUGAACAAAAUCAAAAUGAAUUCGUCCCUGAACAACAAAAUCUCGUCCCUGAACAAAAUCAAAAUGAAUUCGUCCCUGAACAACAAAAUCAAAAUGAAUUCAUCCCUGAACAACAAGAUCAAAAUGAAUUCGUUCCUGAGCAAAAUCAAAAUGAAUUCAUCCUUGAACAAAAUCAAAAUGAAUUCAUUCCUGAGCAAAAUCAAAAUGAGUUCAUUCCUGAGCAAAAUCAAAAUGAAUUCAUUCCUGAGCAAAAUCAAAAUGAAUUCGUUUCUGAACCAAAAGAUUUGAUUAUAGAAAAGUCUGAGGAAGAAGAAAAAAAUAAAAAUGGUCAAUGGAUAGAAGACGAAAUAACGCGUGAAAAUGCAUUAAAUGCUACGCUUGAAUUGGAAGAUAUGGUCAUUGUCAGCAAUCCUAAGGAUGAAAUAGAGGAGGAAAGAUUACGACAAGAAAGACGACAAAAAAAGUUGGAAAUGUUGUGGCGUAGACAAUUUAAGGGCAAUAAUAUACAAGAGUAA